AUGGAGGCCCGUAUGGUGGUGGGCCCCCCGCCCGCAGCUAGGAACCAAAGCCGAAAACAGGCUGCUCAGGGUAACAAAAACGCAUUCGAGGGAAUAGUCAUUUCGACUAGUGGGAAGAUUCCUGACUACAAGCACGAUGAUAUCCAGGCAAAGAUUGAAGCAUGCGGUGCCAAAUUCGAAAAGCUGAGAAUCAGUGAUUGCACGCACCUCAUUACCACAGCCGAGUGCUACCAUAGCAAGGACGUCCCUGCAAAAAUUACUCAGGCCCAGCAAACCCCCAACUGCAAGAUCGUCUCAUUGGAUUGGUUACUGGAGUCCAUCAAGGAGAAAAGACCUCUGGAUUCGAAAGGCUUUUUGAUCAGGGCUCUUGGUGGGAAGCGCUUAGUAUCAACGAGUACCACAUCCACGUCUAAAGCGAAUCUCAAACGCAAACGCAGUGCCGACUUGAGUCACAGCCAGCUAAAGUGCAAAAUGAAUGGCAAGCAUAGGGUCCUGGCUAAAAGGGACAUGCUUUCUGCCUUGGUUGACAGGGCAAGCCACCCAAAAGACAAGAUCAAAGGUCUUGCAGUAUGGAUUAACGAGAAUGAUGAGAUCCUUGAUGCCACAAUGCUAGAACCCAGUUCGAUGCUGCAAACUCCCACAAGGCCACCUGCAGCCACGAUCAAGAUCAUCCGUAUUCAAUUGAUCGCUGAUAUUGAGGGAGACAAGUACCAUACCUACAUUCGCGAGACCACAAUCUCUCGUCAAACGCCCAAGAGCCUCGGUUCUACCAGCAUACGCAGCAAAGUUACUUCCAAGGGGUUUGGCGAUAUUUCAAGCGCGAUUCGUCAGUUCGAAAUUGCUUUUGAGCAGCGGACUGGUCUAACUUGGAGUGCCCGUUCCACGAAGCCAAAACACUCAAAAGCGGUGUUCAUUCAUUUGAAAACCCAGGACAACCAGAAAAAACUCGACUCGGCAGUUUCUAAUGUUCUGAGUAAACUCGUGGCACCAGAAAAUUUGCCCACGAUCAAAGCUGAGUUGUUGAAGCCAUAUCCCAACCGGCUGUUGGGGAGAGAGGAAGGACUUGCCGAGCAUUUUCUACCCACAGCAAUUGGUCUGUUGGAUAAGAUUUCCGAGGCGCAGAUUCAAGCACAAGGUGGCAGUGAUGCUGAUAAAACCCUGGAAAGUAGCCUAACCCAGUGCUUCCUUGAGCUAUUUUGGCAAGAUGACGUACCUUUGCCUCACAAGAUCACAUCGAUCAGUGAGACACGCAGCCACAUCGAAGACCUGAGGAACAUCAGGGCAAUUGAAGACGCGUCAAACAAGAAAGGAAAACUGAAUGCUCCCGCGUUCCGUCAUAUCUUUGACUUGCUGCACCUUGCCGCAAUGAUUCCAGUGAGGGAACACACCGAUGAGUACAAGUUUCUUGCUGGGUAUUUUAGGCAGAGCUUUUUUGCAGGACCGGUCACGAUUUUGGAUAUCUUCCAAAUUGAACGACAAGGGGAGGCCCAACAAUUCUCUCGGAGUCGAAAGAGUUCGGAAAUCUCUUCAAGUCAUCGUCGUCUACUUUGGCAUGGCUCUCCCGUCUCGAACUUCCCGAGUAUCCUACGGCACGGCCUUCGCAUAGGCCCUAGUGAUGGAAUAUUCUUUGCGGACCUGGCCGGAAAGUCACUUAGCUACUGUUGCGCUUCGCCAGGACAACACGCCUUUAUGCUUUUAUCCGAGGUUGAGCUUGGUCAAACCAGCCCUUAUACCAUUGGUUAUACCUCUGCUGGAAAAGUCAAUUCUUAUUUUAUCGACGGCCAAUCUCAUGCAAAAUGGUGUGACGCAGGAUGCGUGCAUCCUGACUUGAAAGGUGUGCAAAUUCCUGAUAUGAACUCGAAUCAUGAUUAUCAGAGGCCCGGCAAAGAAUACAUCACAGUAAAUCCGGCCCAGGUACGCCAGCGAUACCUAUUCCACAUCAAGCCUAACUGA